UACAAUCUGUGAUUGAGCUCAACUCUAUAUUCCAAUAUGGUAUCAGUUUGAUCUAAUCUACGCUUCCGCCAUGGCCACCGAGGUCGACGCCGCCGCGGCCGCCGCCGCCACUGCCGCCGCCGCAGCCUCCUCUCCGGCUACCUCAUCUCCUCUCACUCCUCCCGCUACCUCUUCCCAGCCAAACCCCACCAUCUCUCCCGACACCCCAUCUCUGCUUGUCACUCCCGCUCCUCUUCCUCUCCAGACGGCGCCGCCACCCCACUUCUACCCAACGCCCGCGUAUGUGCACGCCAUGCGUGUCGAGGGCGCUCACAUCAAUCUCCCCGUCCGCCUCGCCAUGAACGGCGCCAACUACAAUGUCUGGCAGGGGAUGAUGCUGGACGCCAUCGAUUAGUACGACGUCGCCUCUUGGAUCGCGCCGGACUUCGCCGACCACGCCAGCGACGCAUGCUGGAACAUCGUCAACAAGGCAGUGAAGCGAUGGUUCCUCGGCGCGAUGGUGACGGAGCUUGCGGCCUUCAUGCUCGACCGGGAGGCCACCGCCGCCCAGACCUGGGCCUCCGUCGAGGCUCUCUUCGUCAACAACCGUCGGGCGCGGUGAUUCCAGCUCCAGACGGAGCUCUCCGAGACUCGUCAAGGGGACUCCUCAAUCUCCGUCUUCUGCGCCCGCCUCAAGUCCAUCUCCGACGCGCUGCGCGAUGCCGGCAAGCCACUGGACGAUGACGAGUUGGUCAUCCAACUUCUGCGUGGCGUCAAGAAGGAUCGUCAUCAGACUACCGCCAAGAUUAUAGAGAAGUCCCCAACUCCCAUCCCCUUUGACGUCACCGUCGGCAUGCUUCUGCACGACGAGAUCGGCAACAACUUCGCCGGCUCCACCCAUCACAGCGCCCUCGCCGUCCAGCAGCGGGGUCCGUCGCCCGCGCCCUCGGGUGUGGCCUCUGGCGGCCAGGCUCGGCCGCCCGCCCCUGGUCUUGGCGGCGGCAAAACGUCUUCUCCCUCACCCAACCAGGGGCACAACAAACGCCGCCGCUACACCACCAACGGCAGGUAUCAAGGCACCGCCGCUUCACCACCGCCAUGGACGGGGUAGGUCUAUGCCUACCCCAUGGCCCUGCCUCCUCCACCACGCUCGGCGCCUGGCAUCCUCGGCGCACGGCCGCCACAGGCCCAUGCCGCCUUCAGCGGACCCCUGCAGCAGCAGCAGUACUCCUUCUACCCGACCUUUCCGAUGCCAUUGCACCAGCCGCCGGCCUUCCACCACCAGCCGUACUUGCCGGCGCCUCCCCAGCAGCAACAGUACAACCCUCCACCGGCCAGCUCUGAUGCUCAUGGAGUUGAUCACGCGGCGCUGAUGGGCGCCCUGCACAACCUCUCGCUGCAGUCGCCUAGCGGUGGCUGGGUUGCGGACUCCGGCGCCUCCACUCACCUCGUGACCGAUCCCGGACUUUGCAACCAAGGCGGCAAUUCUUCGGUGCAACAGUGAAGGCGAGUUGUACGACGUCUUCCCUCCAGCUGCACCCGCGGCCCUCGCCGUCACCGUCUCACACCUCACCGACCUCUGGCACCGGCGUUUGGGUCACCCUGGCGAUGCUACUUUUCGUUCCAAUAAAUCCUUAGAACAUUGUAAUAAACCUGUAGUGGAUGGGCGUUUAUGUCAUGCUUGUCAAACCGGAAAACAUGUUCGUCUACCAUUUACUUCCUCGACUAGUCACACUACUGCUGCUUUUGAUCUCUUGCAUUGUGAUCUUUGGACAGCACCUUUGUCUAGUGUUUCCGAAGCCAAGUACUAUCUCUUGAUAAUUGAUGAUUUUUCAUGCUAUCGAUGGACUUUCCCUCUCAAACAAAAAUCUGAUGUACCUUCCAUUUUUCGUCACUUUCAUGCCUACGUUCGCACGCAUUUUGGUCGAACCAUUCGGACCCUCCAGUGCGACCAUGGACGUGAGUUUGAUAGUGCUCAAAACAGGGAUUUCCUCCUUCCCUUCGGUACGGUGAUGCGUUUCUCUUGUCCAUACACUUCUUCUCAGAAUGGAAAAGCUGAGCGUGCCAUUCGUUCGACUAACGACGUCGUGCGCACACUGUUGCUCCAAGCAUCCAUGCCGCCACGCUAUUGGGCCGACGCUCUUGCUACUACCACCUUGCUCCUCAACCUCCGUCCCACUAAAACCCUCUCCCUCGCCACACCACACGAAACUCUCCACCAGGCCCCCCCACUUACUCUCACCUCCGCGUCUUCGGAUGCCUAUGCUACCCUAACACGGAGGCCACUGCGCCGAAUAAGCUUGCUGCUCGCUCUCUUCCUUGAGUCUUCAUUGGUUAUCCCCCGGAUCACAAAGGUUAC